GCGGUGUCCCCCCAGGCCCGCCCAACCCGUGCCUCCCUCCCCUUCCCCGCUGGGGUCCUGCCCGCCUCCCUGCGGGGAGCCCGACUGUUCUCAGCACUCCGGGCGGGGCGAGAGGCCGGGCUGGGGGCUGGAGGGUCGGGAGGAGGAGGAAGGGAAAGCAGAGGCGAGAGAAAUUAGGAGGCGGGAGAAAUCGAGGGCUAGUAGGAAGGCGAGAGUCGGAGGAUGGUGGAGAGCACUUUUUGGAAGCCGCCACGCCGCGUCUCAGGCUGGCCCGGCUGAGCUGGGGGAGAGGGAGCGAGGGCGGCGCAGGGCGGGCGCGCAGGCGGCGCGAGGCGGCUCGGCGCGGGCCUGACCUCCCCGGAGCGCCCCGCUGCGGCCGCUCAGGUCCGGCCGCCGGUCCUGGGCCAGCCCCCGGGCCACCCCCGGGGCCGCUGAACGAUCUCGCAGCGUCCAGGCCGGCCAGCCGGCGUGCGUGCGGGCCGUGCGCCCUGGGCGCGCGAGGCGGUGAGGCCCCGGGAACCCUGUGCGCCCGGACGCGCGGGCCGGCAUGGCGAUGCACGCCCUCACUGGCCUCUCGCUGGUCAGCCUGCUUAGCUUCGGCUACCUGUCCUGGGACUGGGCCAAGCCGAGCCUGGUGGCCGACGAGCCCGGGGAGGCGGGCGUGGAGCAGCCUUCAGCCGCUCCACCCCAGCCUCCCCAUAUCAUCUUCAUCCUCACCGACGACCAGGGCUACCACGACGUGGGCUACCAUGGCUCAGAUAUAGAGACCCCGACGCUGGACCGGCUGGCAGCUGAGGGUGUCAAGUUGGAGAAUUAUUACAUCCAGCCCAUCUGCACGCCUUCCCGGAGCCAACUUCUCACUGGCAGGUACCAGAUCCACACGGGGCUCCAGCACUCCAUCAUCCGCCCUCGGCAGCCCAACUGCCUGCCCCUGGACCAGGUGACGCUGCCCCAGAAGCUGCAGGAGGCAGGGUACUCUACCCACAUGGUGGGCAAGUGGCACCUGGGCUUCUACCGGAAGGAGUGCCUGCCCACCCGCCGUGGCUUUGACACCUUCCUGGGCUCGCUCACGGGCAACGUGGACUACUACACCUAUGACAACUGUGACGGGCCGGGGGUGUGCGGCUUUGACCUGCACGAGGGCGAGAGUGUGGCUUGGGGGCUCAGCGGCCAGUAUUCCACUCUGCUCUAUGCCCAGCGUGUCAGCCACAUCCUAGCUAGCCACAGCCCCCGGCGGCCUCUCUUUCUCUACGUAGCCUUCCAGGCGGUGCACACGCCCCUGCAGUCCCCUCGUGAGUACCUGUACCGCUACCGCACCAUGGGCAACGUGGCCCGGCGGAAGUAUGCAGCCAUGGUCACGUGCAUGGAUGAGGCUGUGCGCAACAUCACCUGGGCCCUCAAGCGCUAUGGUUUCUACAACAACAGUGUCAUCAUCUUCUCUAGUGACAAUGGCGGCCAGACCUUCUCCGGGGGCAGCAACUGGCCGCUGCGGGGACGCAAGGGCACUUACUGGGAAGGUGGGGUGCGCGGCCUGGGCUUUGUCCACAGCCCCCUGCUCAAGCGGAAGCGCCGGACCAGCCGGGCACUGGUGCACAUCACCGACUGGUACCCGACCCUGGUAGGUCUGGCCGGAGGCACCGCCUCGGUGGCCGAUGGGCUGGACGGCUACGAUGUGUGGCCGGCCAUCAGUGAGGGCCAGGCCUCACCACGCACAGAGAUCCUGCACAACAUCGACCCGCUCUACAACCAUGCGCGGCAUGGCUCCCUGGAGGCCGGCUUCGGCAUCUGGAACACUGCCGUGCAGGCCGCCAUCCGCGUGGGCGAGUGGAAGCUGCUAACGGGCGACCCCGGCUACGGCGACUGGAUCCCACCGCAGACGCUGGCCGCCUUUCCUGGCAGCUGGUGGAACCUCGAGCGUAUGGCCAGUGCCCGCCAGGCAGUGUGGCUCUUCAAUAUCAGCGCCGACCCGUACGAACGGGAGGACCUGGCUGGCCAGCGACCUGACGUGGUCCGUGCCCUGCUGGCCCGUCUGGCAGACUAUAACCGCACAGCCAUCCCUGUGCGCUACCCGGCUGAGAAUCCCCGGGCCCACCCUGACUUUAAUGGGGGUGCCUGGGGGCCCUGGGCCAGUGAUGAGGAAGAGGAGGAAGAGGCAGGCAGGGCUCGAAGCUUCUCCCGAGGGCGCCGCAAGAAAAAGUGCAAGAUUUGCAAGCUGCGAUCCUUUUUUCGUAAACUCAACACCAGGCUGAUGUCACAGCGGAUCUGAUGGGGCGUGCAGGGGGGAGGUGAGGAUCUCUGUCUCUCUAGAUGUACUUCCCCAUUCAAACCUGGCCCUGUUCCUCCCCAGGGAGAGGCCUGAGGCCAAGUCCCCAUCUGCAGGGACAUGGAGGGCAUAGAGCCCCUCAAAUGAAGGGUGCAGGGCUUGGCUUGGGGGAGAAUAAACUAGAUUGGGGUGCCUGGAUUCCAAUCCUGCCUGUCCACUGACUUGCUCUGUGACCUCAGGUGGUCUGCAUGAGCUCACUGGGCCUCAGUUUCCUCAUCUGUAAAUGAGCUCUGUUGAUUUUGUGGCUCUGUGAUGUGAACCCGGGGGCUGGGGCCAUGGUGGAGUUGCCGUUGACCUUGCCACCUCCCAGCUCAUUUAAAAGCUCACGCUUGGGCCCUGCACUUCUGUGGUACUGCUUGGGUGAGGGGUCAUGUGGAGGCAGCUUGAGGCGUGGACCCUAGCUGAGUCAUGGCAAUCUGGCCACUCUCUGAAGGGAUCCUCUGAUGCUGAGGGUGAGGGCGGGGGAGGGGAAGGGAGACAGGGCUGGCAGCUGACCUUCCGGGUCUUCACAUGGCUUGGGCCAGCCCUGGGGCCACACUGGUGCUGGGGGCUGUGGCAGAAAGCUCUGUCCCCCAGCACCCAGAGGAUCAACCUGGCUGUCAGCUGCUGCAGGAUCAAGGGUGGUAGAAACGGCUGUGAAAAGAGGCCCUGAAUCAAUAGUCAGGACACUUGGGUGCUUCUUUGACCUUGGGCCCGGUCCUUCACCUGUGGGCCUCAGUUUCCCCAUCUGCAAAUCGGGGGUGCUAGCCUGAGCUCUGCCUACCUCACAGGGUCAUAGAGAACUGGCCAAAUUAAUGGUGGUGGAGGAGCCCAUGCACUUGAUUAAAAUGCAGUAACCUGGAAA